AUGGCUCCCUUCGGAACAGCGAUUAAUGCAAAGUCCAUUCCUUUCGACGUCCAACUUUUGCCUUCGCCCAGGGAUGCCUCGGAAGAUGCCCAAUUGUACGCUGGUAUAGUGGACCCCGAGUGGACGAUAGGAAGGCAAGAGUUCCAGGGUGUCGUUAAAAUCAUGACCCAUCUCAUAUUCGGCAUCAUUGGACGUCAUCCGAAAGACAAAGUGAAUCUCACAUUAAAUCCUCCUUCGACUUACGCUCGAAGACUUCCAUUAUAUACACACCCUUCCACUGCGGUCAUCAAUCCCAUGAGUCAGAGGUGGAGUUUUCGCCGCCAUGUUACGUGGACAGACGAACCAGAGCUUCGUGCCAAAAACCAUGCAUAUAGUGGUAACCGUACAAACUCCUCGACCGUCGGUGGCGGAGGUUUGGAAUGGGGAUCAUGGCUCACAUUCAACGAUGCACAUGACAGAAUCACUAAUCCCGCUUUGUGCUUCUUGGUGGAUAUGUGCAUAAAUACGCCUACUCUUCUACCUAAAAGUGAGCGCCCUGGAUUAACAACAAGCUGGUUUCCAACGAUGGUUCUAUCAGUCGAGUUUAAGAACAAAAUACCUCUCCCCUCUUCGAAACAUGCAGUUCGUACUGUAGGGAUAUACUCUUCUGGCCGCUUUGUUACUCCUCCACAAGGACGGCAUGAAGCAUAUGUAGAAGUCUGGACCGCGCCUUCAAACAUCGGGGAAGGCCAAGAAGUAGAUGGCUGGAGAGAUGAACAAUUUUGUCUCGCUAUUGCUACACAAAUGGCACUAACGCUUCCCAUGGAAGUUAACGAGAAGAAAGGAAAGCCAAAGUUGUAA